AUGUCAUAUGAGGCCGCUUUUUCUUGGGUGGAGCACGAGCACGAGUUGCUGCCGCAGGGAUACAAGAAAAAGGAGGCCUGGGUGGAUCUCAAUGCGGGCACCUUACGACUGCGGGCUAUGUACGGCAUCCGGCUGUACCGCAGAACUCCUGACCGGACCGAGGAGAUUCAGCAUCUCAAGGACAUCCUCGCCUUGGUUAACGCGACGGUCCAGCCACCCGAUGCGAGUACUAGUACUGCUGGCGACGACGAUCCGGAACCCUUAGAGGAGCCGACGGUUGAGUGUCCGACGGAGCCAGCAGUGGAUGCAACUGUUGAGCCGACUGCCGAGCCAGAGUGUGCCGAGCCCCCAAAAUCGACUGUCGAACCGACGGUUGUGUGUGAGAUUGCCAUGGCGACGACUGUUGAGCCGACGGUUGAGUGUGCCGAGCCAAUUGCAAAGGAGAUUGCCGUGGCGUCGCCGACGACGGUCGAGUGUGCUGAGCCGAAGGAGAUUGCCGUGGCGACUGUGGAGCCGACGGUCGAGUGUGCCGAUCACGAGCCGAAGGAGAUUGCUGUGGCGACUGUUGAGCCGACGGUCGAGUGUGCUGAUCCGGGCGCGAAGGAGAUUGCCGUGGCGACUGUUGAGCCGACGACGGUCGAGUGUGCUGAGCCGAAGGAGAUUGCCGUGGCGACUGUGGAGCCGACGGUCGAGUGUGCCGAUCGCGAGCUGAAGGAGAUUGCUGUGGCGACUGUUGAGCCGACGGUCGAGUGUGCCGAGCCGAAGGAGAUUGCCGUGGCGUCGACUGUUGAGCCGACUGUCGAGUGUGCUGAGCCGGCCGCAAAGGAGAUUGCUGUGGCGACUGUUGAGGCGACGGUCGAGUGUGCCGAGCCGAAGGAGAUUGCCGUGGCGUCGACUGUUGAGCCGACGGCUGAGUGUGCCGAGCCGAAGGAGAUUGCGGCGGCGACUGUUGAGCCGACGGUCGAGUGUGCUGAGGCCCAAUCAGAAACCCAAACCUAUCACAAUCCAAAUGUACAGUAUGUAUAUAUAUAUAUGUAUAUACGCUUAUGUUUAUAG